AUGAGCGCCAUUGAAGCGCUGUACAUCUACGACGAGCACAACACCCUCCUCUUUGACCACGUCUAUACCAACCGACCUCCGGCCUCGUCGACUGUCCUCCCACUCUACCUGCAGCAUGCUGCUCCGCGGCCCAGCGUCAUCUAUCUCACGUCGACCAACCCACCUAGCAUAUUGUUCUCUAUGAUACAGGACAAUCUGCUGUUUCUAUCACCCGCCUCCCACGAUAUUGAGCCACUACUGGUUCUUGAGUUCCUACAUCGAGUCGCUGAUGCGCUCGAAGAGUUCCUUGGCAGUCCUCUGAUUGCAACCAAACUUACCGCCAACUAUGAUAUCGUGGGGCAGAUCGUGGCCGAAAUGGCUGAUGCCGGCGUCGUCUGUCAGGGAGAAGCAAACGCGUUAAGAGAUGUGGUCGAGACUGGUCCGGGUGUACUGAAGAAUCUACUGGGAGGCGUUGGUCUUCCAGGUGGAAGUCCAUCUUUACAAGCGGGAGGAUCUUCGCAUCUGCAGCGGCCCUUGGCGCAGGCGCAGACCAGCCAAGGCUCAGCUAUACCAUGGAGAAGAAGUAACGUGCGGCAUACGAGUAACGAGCUAUAUGUGGACAUUGUGGAAACGCUCUCAGUCACUCUCGCUCCCUCUGGUCGGCCACUUGCUGCUUUCGCAAACGGAAGCAUUGCGUUCAACUCCAAAGUCAGCGGCGUUCCAGACCUACUGCUCAGUCUUUCAACUGGCGGCAAGGGUGYAGGCAUGGGGAAUCGAGGCGAUCAACUCCGCAGAGUCAUGGAAGGUGUGGUCUUUCACCCUUGCGUUCGACUUAACAAGUGGAAGGCCGAUGGUGUCAUAUCAUUUGUCCCGCCCGAUGGCAGAUUCGCACUGUGCGGCUAUGAGGCUGACCUUCUCGGACCGGAAUUGAACUUCAACGCGAAUGCAUCCGCAAGCAGCCUAAACCUGCCUGUAAAGAUCGAAAUUACCACCGGUAUAGGAUCUUCGGGGACUGAGUUUGAAGUACGAGCAACACAAGGCGCCAACAGCAUGAAAUMUGCCGCAGCUGCUUCCUUGCAGUCGGCCUUGGGAGGUGGCGGGUCUAGAGCAAGUGCUUUCAAGGCCACACCAAGUGGUGAUUCCAAAUCUCCUGCCCUGGAGGAUCUCACCAUCCACAUACCUGUGCCGCCCUCCGUUAGGAGUGUGAGUGACAUGCGGCCAACUCGUGGAGACUCGAAUUGGAAUCCCGCGGAUGGCAAGGUUGAGUGGCGGAUUCCACCCAAAGACUUUGGUCCUAAUGGUGCUGUAUUGAGGUGCACUGUUCAAGGGCCUUUAUCUGAUGAAGAUGCUGACGUAUCUACCGGGGUGAUGAACGGUAURACAGCCACGACUUAUGAUUAUGAUGAAGAUUCCGGCGCUGCAUACCAGUCUUUAGAGGACAAGUCAUCUCGCGCGGAGUCCUCGCCUCAAGGGAGGAGGAAUUCGAAGAGGAACCAGGAGCUAAUGCCGACCUCUGUGACGCUCAGCUUUGGCGUCAAAGGCUGGCUGGCGAGCGGACUUCGAGUGGAGAGUCUUUUGAUUGAUACGAAGAAGAGUCGUGGUUUGGGACCUGAAGUCAAGCCGUACAAAGGCGUCAAGUAUUUGACUGUUAGUAGGCAAGGCGUGGAGCUGCGCUGUUAG